AUGCCUUGGCCGCCAAGCAGUUAUAUUUUGCCAAAACUCAGUUUUCAGAAUGUAGACAAGAGAUUUUGGGGUGAGAAGAUCAACAAUAAUGGUUUCUUUAAGCGUUUUGCUUCGGAUUCGGGAUCGAAGAAGCUCGGGAAUCGGAAGUUCAAGCACAGUAGUGUUUACGCUGUUGCCGCUUCAAAGAAUCCAAAAGAGACUAUGGUAUGUGGAUCAGUUUACUCUCUCUUGCUUAAAUGGCAUUACGCUUGCUAUGUGUCAAUCAGAUUCAUUGGUACUUUAAACAACGACAGUAAAGCCUUCGAUGUUUUAGAGAAGGAAGGCAGACUCGAAAAACGUGGCUGCAAUCAUUCUAGGAGUAGGCAAUGGAGCUCAACUCUUCCCUUUUACAAAGAGAACCGCGAUUUCGGCUGUAAGUAUUCAUCUUUCUUCGGUUUCUCUUUCGGAGAAAACAAAAUUGUUCCUUUGGGUGGAUGCUACAGGCUGAUCGAUAUACUGAUGAGUAACUGCAUUGACAGUUGCAUAAGCAAGAUAUUCAUGCUUACACAGUUCAACUCGGUUUCCCUCAAUCGACAUUUAGCACGCACUUAUUUUGGGAAUGACAUUAACUUUGGAGGUGGUUUCGUAGGAGGUAUAAACACUAGAACAAUGAACAAUUUCAGGUCCUUGAUGCUACACAAACACCCGGGGAAGCAGGAAAGAAGUGGUUUCAAGGAACAGCACAUGCUUAGAAAAUUCCUCUGGGUGUUUGAGUGGUCUAAAAAUUGUUGA